GCAGAAUGUUGAAUUCGCUUUGACAUUGCACAUGCCACAAUUUCUCACACCAGAUGCUCUGGAUGAGAGACACAUGGAAUGGAAAGGAUUGGAGAUGCCUAUGUUACUGUGGGAGUGAUCUUCUUAUCCCAGACUGUUGUUGGAAUUCUGGGGGCAUUCCCCAAACUAUGCUGGCUUGGGGAUGGAGAGAUUUCCUCAGUGAUCUGGGGUGCAAACUGGUUUCUUAUGUCUACCGAGUGGGCAAGGGUGUGGUGAUUGGUAGCACUUGCUUCCUGAGCAUCUUCCAGGCCGUCAGCAUCAGCCCCGGGGCCUCCAGAUGGGCAGGGCUGAAGGGGAGAGCCCACAAGCACAUUGUCUCCAUGGUCUACCUCAGCUGGGGGGUCAGCCUCCUGAUGAAUGCAGCUUUUCUCAUGUAUAUAACUGGACCCAAAAUACAUGACAACGUGACUACCUUAAAGGCCCAUGGAUACUGUUCCCCCAUGCGUCACAAUCCAGCUGCAGCAGUACUGUACGUGGCCUUGCUCUCAGUGCCUGAUGUUCUGUGUCUGGGGCUCAUGCUCUGGGCCAGCAUCUCCAUGCUCUUCAUCCUCUACACACACAAGCAGAGAAUGAAGCACAUCCAGAGGACCAGCGUCUCCUGCAGAGCCUCUCCUGAGUCCAGAGCUGCCAAAAGCAUCCUCCUCCUGGCGAGCACCUUUGUCUCCUUUUACACCUUGUCCUGCAUCUGUCAGAUUUGCUUGUCUGUGACUUACAACCCCAGCCCUGUGCUGCUACUGAAUCAUGGCUACAUGUGCUGGCUGAUGGAUGGAGCUGCAGCCAUGAAGGGAUUUCCACCGCCACCCCCUUUCUUCAACUACAGCUCUGAAAGAUGUAGCAACCCUCCCAUCCAGGGGACUCUUAAUUUACACUGCCUGCACCAGCAGGACUGCCUGCACAUCCGGGUCUUCUCCGGUGCCUCGGUUGUGCUCAGCUCCCCUUAG